CGCACGAGUGUACCUUGCUCGGGACGAUAGCGAGAUCGUACGAGAGCGCCGGGUUUCCAGAUCGCGAGUAAGGAAGAUGGCUGAGGAACAGCCGAAGUACAAAUUGAUCUACUUCAAUGCACGAGGUCGUGCCGAGCAUAUUCGCUACAUAUUCGCCUAUGCCGGUAUCGACUAUAUCGAUGAAAGGAUCUCCAACGACCGCUGGCCUGAGCUUAAGAAGUCGAUGCCUUACGGAAUGCUGCCAGUUCUGGAGAUAGACGGUAAGCCGAUAGCGCAAAGCAACGCCGUGGCGCGUUACCUGGCCCAUGAGCACAAUCUCACGGGCAAGGACGAAUGGGAAUCGAUGCUGUGCGAUGUGCUGGUCGAUACCUUGGGAGACUUGAAACAAUUUAUCUUUCAAUAUCGCACAGAGGAGGAUCACUUUAAGAAGGAGGAAAAGAAGGCAAAGCUUCUGAAGGAAACAAUACCGUUCUACCUGAAUAAGUUCGAGCAAACUGUUGCUGAGAAUGGUGGUUACGCAGUCGGUUCUACGACCACGUGGGCGGACUUCGUAUUCACCGUGGCUUUGGAGAACUUUGAGAACAUUUUCGGCGCGACUGCCUUAGAGAAUUAUCCGGCGUUACGUGGCUUGAAAAAACGGGUACAUGAAAUUUCAGCAAUCGCCGACUGGCUAUCACGGCGACCUCAUUCAGAGUUUUGAAAUGUCAAUUCAACGACGGAAACCGGAAGGCAACAUC